CCGGUGAACAAACUUAAAUUGGCACACAACAGAGCUGAGCUAAGCUAAACAAAUAAAUAAACGCAAACCGGCGACUCCACGACUCACAGACUCGACGACAACGAGGCGCGAUGGAUCCCACCAUUUCCGUGUCCAAGGGUUGUUUUGUCUACAAAAAUGGCGCUACGCGAGCCGGCAAAAAGGCGGCCGGCAAGCGGAAGCGUCCCGCUGCCGGAUCCAGUAGCCUGCUGGGCCAGGAGGUGGUCGAGCAGCCCUUCUACGCGGAAUACCGAAGAGCCUGGAGCCAGUUGAACCAGCACAUUGCCGACCUGCAGCAGCGCAGCUACGCCCGCACCCUGGAGCAGCUGGUGGACUUCGUGGUGCGCCAGGGACAACGGGAGGCCCGGGACGAGGUCCUGCCCACCGCCGCCCUGCUGACGGGCAUCAAUCAGCCGGAUCAUCUCAGCCAGUUCACGGCACUCACCCAGCGACUCCACUCUCAGCGGUCUGCAAGGGUCUGCGUGCUGCAGUCGCGGGAUUGCGCCACCCUCAAGGCCGCCGUGGAGUCCUUGGUCUUUGGACUCAUUGAAAACGAGGAUGCGGAUGAAGAGGACGCUGAUGAUGACGACGGGGAGGAGGACGUGGCCGACAGGGAUCGGAAGCGGCUGCGUCGCUCACAGUGCACCAUGAAGCAACUGAAGUCCUGGUACGCCAACAACUUUGACUCGGAACGAAAGCAGCGAACCCAGCUGGUGGUCAUCCUGCCCGACUUCGAGUGCUUCGCCGCCAGCGUGCUGCAGGAUCUCAUCCUAAUCCUGAGCGCCCAUUGCGUCGCCCUGCCGUUUGUCCUGGUUCUGGGAGUGGCCACUGCCAUGACGGCCGUGCAUGGCACUCUGCCGUACCACGUCAGCAGCAAGAUCCGUCUGCGGGUCUUCCAAACACAGGCCGCCCCCACGGGCCUAAACGAGGUGCUGGAUAAAGUUCUGCUGUCGCCCAAGUACGCUUUCCACCUUUCGGGCAAGACCUUCAAGUUCCUGACGCACAUAUUCCUGUAUUACGAUUUCUCCAUCCAUGGAUUCAUUCAGGGCUUCAAGUACUGCCUGAUGGAGCACUUCUUCGCUGGGAAUGCGUUUGCGCUUUGCACGGAUUACAGCAAAGCGCUGGCACGGAUUAAACAGUUGACCCACGAGGACAUGGAGACCAUCCGAAGGCUACCCUCGUUUCGUCCCUAUGUCGAGCAGAUCAACGACUGCAAGCGCAUCAUAGCCGUGCUCACCGACGACGACUACCUGAAGAAGAAGCUGCCGCAGUUGCUGCGCGACUGCCUGCUCCACUUCCUGCUGUUCCGCAGCUCGCUGGAGUUCCUCACGGAGCUGGUCGGCGAUCUGCCUCGUUGUCCGCUGGGAAAGCUGCGCCGAGAGCUGUAUGUGAACUGCCUUAACAAGGCGGUUGUCACGACACCGGAGUACAAAGAGUGCGUACAGAUGCUAAGCUUCCUGUCCAAAGACGAAUUUGUGGCCAAGGUGAGCCGCUGCCUGGACAGAACCGAACAGUUCCUGGCCGACGAGAUAGCUUCGCUGGAACUUGGCGAGGCCUGCACUGCAGUGCUGCAGCCUCAGCUGGAAACUAUCCGCAAGUCAGUCGAUGAUGUGGUCAACGCUAGCAUGGCAACAGUAAAAUCGCCCAACCAAGAACGUGCGCCGACCGCUGAUCAUCUGACUGCGGUGGCCUCGCGCCAGGAACUUAAGGAGCAGCUACUGCAACGCAGCAAGGAGGACAAAAGCCGGCAUCAGCAGAACACUCCCACCACUCAGUUCGCCCGGGCCCUGCAGAAGACCCUGCAGCUCAUCGAGUCGCUGCUCGUCCAGGACCAUCUGCGCCCGCUGCACGAUGCACCGCCCAUCCACGAGCUGUUCGUGUUCAGCGACAUUGCCACCGUGCGCCGGAACAUAAUCGGAGCUCCGCGAGCGGCGCUGCACACGGCCCUCAACAAUCCGCACUUCUACAUGCAGUGCAAGUGCUGCGAGCUGCAAGAUCAGGCCCAACUGGUCGGCAGCCUACCCGAUCUCUCCGUGGUCUACAAGCUGCACCUGGAGUGCGGACGGAUGAUAAACCUGUUCGACUGGCUGCAGGCCUUUCGCUCUGUGGUUAGUGGCGGCGACAACGAGGAUGGUAAUCAGGAGCAGAUCGAUCCACAGAUCCAAGCCCGCUUCACACGCGCCGUAGCCGAGUUGCAGUUUCUGGGGUACAUCAAGAUGUCCAAGCGCAAGACGGACCAUGCCACCCGAUUAACCUGGUAGUUUGGGAUAUUGGGAUAUCAACAACGAAAAUCUCUAGUCUAGCAAAUGUUAUUUCUUCUAUUUAUUUAUAUUGAGGAAAAUAGCGUGUGUGGGACGUUAUAAAUAAAUAAAACAUCUUUUAGUCA